GGUUACUACUGGAUAAGACAUUGGGAUGUCUCGUUCUGGGGCACUCUCACAUCAGGGCGGAGGCACUACUCUAGAUUUCUAAAGCCGGCUCUUUCGUUUUCUGUUUUGUUUCCGCAUUUUCCUUUCAGUUACUGCAGGGAAAAUAAUCUCUCACGUUGAGGAAAUCUUCACGAGGACUACUAUCAGUGCAGUAAGUCGCUGCAGUCCUUUCAGAUUUGUUAAACUCGCCCGGCAAAGAUGGCUUAUCUUCCAGCGCUUUUUAAAUAUGUGGACGAACACCAGGAGAUGUACAUUGAGCGUCUUGCCCAAUGGGUGGCUGUGCCGAGUGUGUCCGCCUGGCCGGAGAAGCGUGGGGAGAUCAAGAAGAUGAUGGAGAUGGCAGCGAAAGACAUUAAGAAGCUGGGAGGCACAGUGGAGAUGGUGGAUAUUGGCAAACAAAAGCUUCCCAACGGAGAGGAGAUCCCCUUGCCCCCUAUCGUAUUGGGCAGCUUGGGCUCUGACCCAAGCAAAAAGACUGUUUGCAUCUAUGGUCACCUGGACGUCCAGCCAGCUGCAGUUGACGAUGGCUGGGACACAGAGCCCUUCACCCUGGUAGAGAAAGAUGGGAAGCUUUAUGGCCGAGGCUCAACAGAUGACAAGGGCCCAGUGUUGGCCUGGCUCAACUGCAUCGAGGGCUACCAGAAGAUCCAACAGGAGCUUCCCAUCAACAUAAAGUUCUGCUUUGAGGGCAUGGAGGAAUCGGGCUCGGAGGGCCUGGAUGAGCUGAUUUUCGCUCGCAAAGACUCGUUUCUGAAGGACGUGGAUUACGUGUGUAUCUCCGACAACUACUGGCUUGGCAAGACUAAGCCCUGCAUCACGUACGGGCUGAGAGGAAUGUGCUACUUCUCUGUUGAGGUGGAGUGCUGUGACAAGGACCUCCAUUCUGGAGUAUUCGGGGGUUCCGUCCACGAAGCCAUGACCGAUCUCAUCGCACUGCUCAGCACUCUGGUGGACAAGAAGGGGAGGAUUCUGGUUCCAGGGAUGUAUGCAGAUGUGGCCAAGGUCACAGAUGAGGAGAAGAAGCUGUAUGAGAAGAUCGAAUUUGACUUGGAGGAAUUUGCCAAGGAUUUUGGAGCAGCAAAGCUCCUCCACAACUGCAAGGAGGAUGUCCUGAUGCACCGCUGGAGGUACCCCUCCCUCUCCAUGCAUGGUAUUGAGGGGGCGUUCUCCGAAGCGGGGGCCAAGACCGUUAUUCCGCGGAAGGUCAUCGGCAAGUUCUCCAUCCGCCUGGUCCCUGACAUGGACCCUGCCUUGGUGGACAAACAGGUUAAAAGCUACCUGGAGAAGAAGUUUGCUGAGUUGGAGAGUCCCAACAAGUUCAAGUUGUACAUGGGCCAUGGGGCUAAAGCCUGGGUGUCCGACUUCAACCAUCCCCAUUACAUGGCUGGUAGAAAAGCCAUGAAGACAGUGUUCGGUGUGGAGCCAGACCUGACCCGUGAAGGAGGCAGUAUCCCCGUCACCCUGACCUUCCAGGAGGCCACCGGACGCAACGUCAUGCUGCUGCCCAUGGGCUCGUCCGACGAUGGAGCCCACUCCCAGAAUGAGAAACUCAACAGGACAAACUACAUCCAGGGCAUCAAGAUGCUCGGCGCGUACUUCCACGAAGUCUCCCAGUUGGAUUGAAUUGAGUAGCCAGACCUCAGAGGCAGUUUACAUUUCUGUUCAGUGCUUUUUUUCUAAAUGUUUCCCAUGACCUUUCCUGCUGCACAGCAGAGUACUGAUUUGAAGAUAUUGUUUAGUCUUUUGGAAUUGUAUCUUUCUAAAAGGGACAAAAUGGAGGAAUGUAAUAUGUGUUGAUCACUACAGAAACACCAACGUGUACAGCGGCUUCUACUUUCUGGGUUUUAUAGACAACAACAGAUCCUAACUUAACAAGGAAUUGCGGACCAUUCAUGGAUACAUGAAUGUAGACAUCUUAACUCUGUAGCUGUGCCAUUAUGGUGUUUGUGACAGAACAGGCUACAUUAUUAAGGCUAUGUCCAUUUAAAAAAAAGAAAUGGCCAAUAUUAUGGAUUUUACAUUGCCUUAAUUGCUACAGUCUUGAAACAAAUCUUGUCGUUUAUAUAUUGUGGCCACUAGAUGGCGGUGAUACCGUUUGACCAUCGCUUGGUUUCUGAAACCGCUAAUAGAUAAUUGUGCAUACAAAUGUGUUUACUUUGUUUGGUGGGCUUGGAGAUGAUUUGACCUGAUAACAUUCUAUCUUGGGAUAUACCCUGGUUGGGCAAACCUUUCAACUUCCAUUUAUUUCUGUUAAAUAUUAUCAGUAACCAUUUCUAAAGCAGUUCUCUCAGGAAUCAAGUCACUGUGUUAAAACUUGAAUAGAUCCAGGUGGCAUAGAGGGACGUAGCUAUAGAGCCAUUCAAGGAACUUAUAACUGGAACAUGACCUGACCUGUGAUGGCAUUAAUAUCUUUAGACAUUGUGAAAAAAGGCAACUAUUUCACAAAUAUAUCUUCAUUAAAACAUGUCUUUCAUCAUGCUUCCAAUACCUGAACCUUUUUACAAAUGUAAUGCUGUCAAUCUUAAAUAUACUGAAUCUGGAAAUUA